AUGGACCAGGUGAACCGAAGGAUUGCUGAUGGAGAUCUGAGUCUCAACCCGCUGGCCAACCUCCUGAAAACAGCAGAUAAAAAUCUGCUCGUGGAGCUGUACGAAUACUCCGAGUUUGACAGCUCUGUGCCAAACAAGCUUCCGAACGGGGUGAAGGUCUGUGACAUGGUGGCCAAUGUGAUCCGGGGUGAGAGCGACCCCUUCAGUGGCAAGUCUUUCUGCGCAUGUGAAGAAUUGAAGUUUCUCUCUUCUCCUUACACACGAGCCAUGUUGCUGGAUAGCUUCUGGUGGAUCUUUCAUGAACGGUACCAGCCAAACAAAGAGAUCCAGUAUAAGCUGUUUGACCGGAUAGCCAGAAACUAUGCCCAACUUUUACUGAAGGAACCCAGGUCCCACUACGAAGAGGUGCUCUUAAAAAGGUUGCCGAGCCUCCUGAGUAAAGCCUUGUACACCAGCUUCUGCGCCUGCUUCCCGCAGUCCUGGUUCAACACUCACGAGUUCAAGACAGACAUCUGCAACACCAUACACCUGUGGAUCACAGGUGUAUAUCCUUUACCACAAAGCUAUAUCAACUGGGACUACUCAGAACUGGAUCCAGAGAGAUUCCGGAGAGAAAAAUUAAUGUCAAAGAGAAAAAAUCUGGUAAAGGGAACAGGGAAUUACUAUCAAGCAAUGAUCUUGAGAAAAGUUACCAGUCAAGUCAAGAGGAUAUCUGAAGCAAGACAACAUGAGGCUUCAUUACCUAAAGAGUCUCACCCUGCCUGCAAGGGCCCUGAGAUGGUGGAAAGCAGCUUCAACAUUUACGGGAAGAGCCCUCUGAUUGUGCACUUCCUCUACAACUACUCCGUUCUGCGCCAGCACGGCCAGGAUGUGUUGGUCGUCAGGAAGGAGCCGACCAAGAUCAUCCCUGAGUCUGUCCCUACGUAUGAUGACAUCAUCAAGCAGGCCCUGACCAACAUGAAGAACCGGAGGGAGAACUUCUCCCAGCUGAGCCGGCUCCACUGGACUGAGUGGAAUUAUUUUGACAAGUACCUGAAGCAGCAGCAAGAACUCUUCUCCAGGAAGAUGAAGAAAAUCGACCAAAAAGCAGCAGAGAAGAAGCAGGCAAACCACGCGUUCAUCCCACCUUCCACCUUCGUUGAGGAGUACCUGGAAAAGAGGUCCAGAGGAAGCCUUCAGAAAGAGUCCAAAUUCCUUUCAAGAGAGGCAAAGACCCCCAAGACGUCAAAACCAGUGAGGUCGAAGAAGAACAUAAUGCUCUUUGACCUCUCGUCUUCCAGCUCCCUAGAGGAAUCCCUGGCCGGAGACCCAGAAGAAGCAGCCUUGUAA